CACUCUCUUUAUAAAAUCUCUCUCUCUCUCUCAGGUCUCUCAAUGGUCUUUGCAACGUUGAUUCAGACAUGAAGCCUAGUCUUCGGGGAACCUAAGAUUCAAAUGCUAUUGUUCGUCCCAGGAGCAACUGGAGAUUCUUCUUCUUGGAUCUGCUGGCGGUUGCAUGGCCUCCAGCUUAAGAAAGUCAGAACAAAAGAAAUUUGUAAACGAAUGAUUUGUUGUCUAAUUUUUAGUUUGGAGAGGUCUUUUAUGGGGUAAGAAGUGGGGCGAAAUGUUUAUACAUUUCAAGUAUUUAUGGACAUGGAGAAGACGCGUGACGAUGCAGAAACAUCAGAGCAAAGACCUCCGUAUACUACAUGGUGGCCUUCAGAUGUCAUCGAAAAAAUUGGAUCUGUUUCUUUGGAUUCUAAAGGAGAAACUUUGAGUACUAGAGAAACAAAUAACUAUACUGAGCAUGUUGAGUUGUCAUCACAAACAGCUUCACAGAUUCUCUGGAGCACUGGAAUGCUUUCGGAACCGAUUCCGAAUGGUUUCUACUCUGUCAUUCCUGAAAAAAGGCUCAAGGAGCUUUUUGAUGAUAUUCCUACUCUGGAUGAGCUUGAUGCUUUGGGGGUCGAGGGUUUCAGAGCUGAUAUCAUUCUUGUAGACACAGAGAAAGAUAGGAAGCUUUCUAUGCUGAAGCAACUGAUUGUUGCUCUUGUCAAAGGGUUGAACUCCAAUCCUGCAGCAAUGAUUAAAAAGAUUGCUGGACUGGUAUCAGAUGUUUAUAAACAGCCAAAUUUGGAACUAAGUCCAGCAAAAGCUGCACUCGAGGAAACCUCUCAUGCAUUUGUAAAUCGAGGUGUCCAGAUGCUGGGGCAAAUAAAGCAUGGAUCAUGCCGUCCUCGAGCCAUAUUAUUCAAAGUUCUUGCUGACGCUGUAGGUCUUGAAAGUACUCUCAUGGUGGGGUUACCUAAUGACGGGGCUGUUGAGUGUAUAGACUCAUAUAAGCAUAUGUCUGUAAUAGUUGUGUUGAAUUCUGUGGAACUUUUGGUCGAUCUUAUGCGUUUUCCUGGCCAGCUGAUACCCCGAUCAACGAAGGCGAUUUAUAUGACUCAUAUCUCUGCAGCAGGGGAGAGUGAUUCUGCAGAAAAUGAUUCUUGUGAUUCGCCAUUAGAGCCAAAUAGUCCUCUGUAUGGGUUUUCAGAGAGAGUUGAUCCUGACAGGUUAGGCAAUAUGACAGAUACUGAGAAAGAUGAGGGCUUCCAAUACCAGCGGAGAUUAGAAGCAUCCUCAAAUGUGGCAGGACCUUCAUUGCGAAGUAUGAUGUUGCGAUCUUCCACCUCACUUGACAGAAAAUUGAGUUUGUCACAUAGUGAACCCAAUAUUGCGACUACAUUUUGGCGGCGGAGCCGGAGAAAAGUCAUUGCUGAACAACGGACUGCGAGUUCAAGUCCAGAGCAUCCUUCAUUACGUGCACGUGGACGAUCUAUGCUUAGUGGUGAUAGGAAAUCAUUUAGAGAUUAUGAAGACAUAGCUACAUCAAGGUCCGAAGGUGCCUCAACGUCAGAAACUCGUAGAAUAAGAAGGAGAAGCAUUAGCAUUACUCCUGAGAUCGGUGAUGAUAUCGUAAGGGCUGUGCGAGCAAUGAAUGAAACUUUGAAGCAGAAUCGUCUUUUGGGAGAACAGGGGGAUGAUAGGUCUUUUUUGUAUUCUUCAAAUGACGGAAACAUUGGUUCAGAUCAUCAAAAGAAUGUGCGUAGCUGUAUUUUGGUAUCUGAUUUUGACCAGCAUGAUCGUGAUGAAAUCUCGGGUGGAAGGUCUGCUUUAUAUGCUCAUCCUAGGGAGCAAAUAAGUUCUCAAAAGGCAAUAUCAUUACCUUCAUCCCCACAUGAAUUUAGUGGUCCACCUUCUGAAAGAGGCGGGACUUCAGACUACAAAGAAAAUGAUGAAACGGUCUCAACAUGGCACAAAGUACUGGAGUCGCCCAUGUUCCAAAAUAAGCCUCUCCUACCAUUUCAAGAAUGGAAUAUUGAUUACAGAGAACUGACUGUCGGAACUCGUGUUGGGAUUGGGUUCUUUGGAGAAGUUUUCCGUGGCAUUUGGAAUGGAACAGAUGUCGCCAUCAAGGUUUUCUUGGAGCAAGAUCUGACUGCUGAAAAUAUGAAGGAUUUCUGCAACGAAAUAUCCAUCCUCAGCCGCCUCCGACACCCAAACGUUAUCUUAUUUCUUGGUGCAUGCACUAAGCCCCCACACUUGUCAAUGGUCACUGAAUACAUGGAGAUGGGAUCCUUGUAUUAUUUGAUCCAUUUAAGUGGGCAGAAAAAGAAACUCAGCUGGCGGAGGAGACUCAAAAUGCUGCGUGAUAUAUGCAGGGGACUGAUGUGCAUACACCGGAUGAAGAUAGUGCAUCGCGAUGUGAAAAGUGCAAAUUGUCUUGUAAACAAGCAUUCAACAGUUAAGAUCUGCGAUUUUGGGCUGUCAAGAAUAAUGACCGACACCCCCAUGAGAGACACUUCAUCAGCUGGAACUCCAGAAUGGAUGGCUCCUGAACUCAUUCGCAAUGAACCCUUCACAGAGAAAUGUGAUAUUUUCAGCCUUGGUGUAAUAAUGUGGGAACUCUGCACUCUAAGUCGACCAUGGGAGGGUGUUCCCCCAGAGAGGGUUGUUUAUGCUGUUGCAAAUGAGGGGUCAAGGUUGGAGAUUCCUGAAGGUCCUCUAGGCAGGCUAAUUGCAGAUUGCUGGGCAGAACCACAAGAACGACCAAGCUGCGAGGAGAUUCUCACAAGGCUGCUAGACUGCGAGUACUCGCUCUGCUAAGUGUAAUCUUUGUUUGUUGUAUAAAAACAAAAAACAGCAUAGUAGAGGUGUAACAUUGUGUUCUCGGCUCAAGUUGUAAAACAUUUCUUAUGAUUUUCCAGUUCUGAAAAAAAAAGAAACUCUUGUUUGAUCUUCACUUUGGAAUGAUAAAAAACCAAAAAAAGGAAAAGAAGAAAAGAAGAAACUUUGAUA